AUGUUUACCAUCGGUCAGAAGCUGGGAAACCUGUCCAAGGGCCGGGGAUUCGGAAAGUACCUAACUUCUGAGGCUGGGGAUAAACAGCUUUGCCGGGUUGGGUCAGAUAAGGAAGGGCAGCCUGGAAAGGGAUCCGAAGUUUACCCCAGGUCGUCAACAAACAAGCCUGAAGGGGAUUGGGAUUUGAACUCGAGCUCUGGACAGAAGUGCCAUAGGGGACUAGUAGUCCAGGGCCAAAAGAAGAAGACGAAGCAGCGGGUCCUCGUCCCGAUUGCCGAGUUGAAACAGAGCCAAAGGAGUUGCGAUUACCUUAAAGACGAGCUGCGGAGUACAAACCUGGAGCCAAAGGAUCUCCCUCGUCGUGUGAUUCACCCUAAUGCGGAUCCAAGAGGCCCUAUUCGUAUUUCGAUACUUCUCGUUUUGCCGGUCCUAAAGUCAAGAGCCAAAGCCGACGAGUUCCUAGUGGAUAAAUCAGGAAUACAGAAACAAAAACAGCAAUUGGACCAGAGAAUGCGAUUGCAUUAUAAGGUCGCAAUUGAACAGAUCGAGCAAGCUCAAAUUGACGUAACAUUCAACUUAUUAGUCCGAAAGCGCCAUGCAGAGUAA